GCGCGAUGUGAUGCGAUGUUGCCGCUCCGUGCGACACCGCUCUCGCGUCUCUCCGGCGUGCCCCGCAGUCUCGCUAGAGCGCCCGCCACAUUACAACGCCAUUUCACGCUUGCAAAGAUGAAUUCAAAUUCCUCCAAUUCGUGCGAUUUGACCUGGACAAAAACUGAAAUUGAUCCCGAAACCGAUACGUGCAAACGUGAACGCUUGUACUGGAAUUCGGAAACCACAAUGAAACUCAUCGAAAUAUUCGAGAAAGAUUGUAAAGAAUUGUGGGAUAAUAAACACCCGCUGAACAAAGAUAGAUCGGCGAGACAAGCUAAGCACGAGUAUCUGGCAAAUGUAUUCGGUACGACCGCCGAGGAGAUAAGUAGAAAGUUACAUAAUUUGAGGACGCAGUUUAACAACGAAUUGAGAAAGAUAAAGCGCAAACAGGCGGGCGGCGAGGGUGCAACGGGGAGCAGCGGGUGGGAGUAUUUCGACGCCCUAUUGUUUUUGAUGCGAGAGCCCCCUGGCGACCCCAUCGACAGCGUCGACGGAGUCAACCUAGCGCUAGCAGAGUUUCAAGCGGAUGAAGAUGCUGAAUUCGGAGCCCGGGUUAACUUGUCCGUCACCAACUCUCCUACCAGGAUGCGUAAACCAGUUCUGAGGGUAGCUGCCUCCGCGCCCCCGCCGCUGCCUCCAAGCGCCCACCCCAUGAUGUGGCCAGAAGAACCGCGACCAAGGUUACGGCCUGGAAUAGACACUGAUGAAUGUCAGGUAUUCGGAGAUUUUGUCGCUUCAGAACUCCGCACGCUACGAUCUGAUGAAUCUCGUAAGAGAUUGAAGAGAAUUAUCCAGAAGGCUAUCCUCCAGAUCGGAGAGGAGGAGGAUGUGAACAUUAUUACUGGAUAGCGCCGAAACCGACUUGCGUCUGAAUCUUCAGACCUCUUAGAAUAAGUGAGAAAAGGAGAUAGAAAGUGUUUUGUGAGUCAGGACUCGAAUUGUUUUAAGGAUUGAAACUCACUUGCGCAUCUAAGCGAAGCAAGUGUUAUAGCUACACAAUUUUUGUAGCUAGUGUAAAGAACUCAAUGCUGGUAUUAAAAAGAUACAUAUGGCGUUCGAGUUUUUUAACAGUGUCAAGCAUAUCUAAACUCGGAUCAAAGUAUGACCUUAAACUCGAACUUCCUUAUAUUUAUGAACUCCGUGUCCGCGUAUAAAUCUUUACAAAUCUCAGUGGGACUGUAAAUUCGCUUGUACAUAGUGGUUUAUUAAUUGCUAAUGCUUUGGUAGUUUAUCAUUUAUGAAUAAUAUUCAAUGUGUUAUUUUCUAGCGUAUUAAUUGCAUCUUAACAUACUUAAUAUUAAAUGCCACAUUAUUAUCAAUAUACCAACACUUGUACGAAAUAUAGACAUAAAUUAAGAAUUAUAAUAAAUAUGUAUUAUAUUAUCUAGCGUAUUAAUUGUAACAUAGAAUAUUUAAUAUUAAAAUAUCUUGCUUUUUAAUUAUCAUGCUCAUGUCUAUUAUAAAAAGUAACCUAAGUGGUAUCUUAUUUAUUAUCUGUGUAAAAUUAUAGUGAUAAACCCUAACUUCCUAGUAUUUAUGAAGUCCGUAUGAAAUAUAGACAUAAUUUAAGAAUAACAUUAAAUGUGUAAUUUUCUAGUGUAUUAAUUGCAUGUUAGAUACUUUACAUAAAAAUAUCUUGCUAUUUAAUUAUUAUACAUAUGUGUAUUUUAGAAAAUAACCAAAACGGUAUUUAUCUAAUUAUAUUAAUAUCGAUAUUCUUUCUAUAUAGCGCUAGUUUAAAUAAAAGUAGAGAAGUUCUUCAUUAAUAAAGUAGCUGCAUAUUGGUAACAACUGUACCUAUAACACACGUUAUACAAUAUUUGUGUAU